CCACUUUCACUCAAGUUUGAUCGAAGGCUAAUAAUCAAAUUGAAUUUUGGAUACAAACGGUUUCAGUCCAACUUUUUGUCAAUUUUCAUUUUCUCUUUGAUUUUCGUAUUUAUUUUAAGGUGUACAGUACGGUGUUAAAAAGACUCGAAGAACAAACACAAGAAAUGUGUGAAAAUCGGAAUUUAGACGAAGUAAGAAACGAAAUAAAUGCAAAUUUAACACACUUUCAGUGUGACAAACCAGACUUGAGAACAUCCAAAGUAUACCAGACUUUCAAUCUACCACAUCGUUUUGAAUGUCCUUAUUUAUUCCAAGGGUACGGUGCACAGAAACCUAAUCAAAAUCCUUUCUAUAAAACUGUAAACUCCGAAUAUGGAUGGUUUGCUCCAAAUCCGCAUACAGUUCCACUUCGCUUCUUUCCCCGCAGCCAGGAUUUCUCCACCAACUUGGCAAGGAGUGGAAUGUACCGGAAUUACUCUUUGAACACGGCCAUGGAUAAAACUUUCUACUAAUCAUUCCGUGGACUUUGGACUUAUUUUGCAAGAGUUUUCGAGAAUCGUGGUGUCUUAAGAUUCUUUUGAGAAGAAAUAAUAUAUUUUAGUUUUUUUAA